CUUUUCUCUGUUUUCGUGCAAAUAUGCAUCGCAGUUUUUCAACAGAAAAUAAUGACCACAAGAGAAUUAUUCCUAAUAAUGAUCAUGAAGAAGAAAAACCCACUAUUGUACCACAAACAUUACUUAACGACUGUAAUAUUUCAGAUGUUGAGAAGUGUGAUAAAACAGACAAUGUCAGUGGUAUAGUGGAUGCUUUAAGGUGUGCACUUGUUAGUUUCGAAAGCCAUAUACAGGCAGAAAACAGUUGCACGGAUGAUAUUAGGAAUCUAUGCAGUGAGGCUAAAUCGUUGCAGGCAAAAUUAAGAGACAAGAAGUGUUUGAUAAUAAGUCAUUUUCAAAAUGUUGUUUCAAACCUUGCUGAGGAAAAUUAAAAUGACACUUGAGCUAUUAUUCAACCUCAUCUUCUUUUCAAAAAAUAAAUACAAGUUAU